UUCAGCCAAAAUAUUUUACUGCAGUCCCCAGUUCACCCAUUCGCUGUUUCAAUGGGGAAUAGAAAAUCCGAGGCAGAUCAUUGAUUCAGCGUUGACGUCACGUCAAUCAACGUGAAAUAUUAUUGUCAAAACAUUACUGUGUGUUUAAAAAUUAAACAAUAAAUUAUUUGAAAAUGUCUUCAAUGCGCAUGAAGGCAGCCAAGUGUCCAUCAGAUGAACUGGCCAUCACCAACUGUGCUCUCAUCAACCCUGAUGACUUCCCCAGUGAUGUCAAACACAUUGAAGUAUCAACAGGGCCGUCUCAGCACUUUCACUUCAGUAUCAGAUUUUUUAGUGGAGUAGACAGGGGCACUGUGGGCUUCUCUGCACCACAAAGGAAAUGGGCAAUAUUAUCUAUUGGACAGCCAAUAGAUGUGAAGCCCUUCAAGGCACAAAGUGCUGAAUGCCUGUGCAGUAUCACAUUGGAAGCAGAUUUUAUGCUCAAGAAAACGACAUCGCUGGAGCCCUAUGACUCUGAACAAAUGGCGCGUGAUUUCCUCAUUCAGUUCUCGAACCAGAUAUUCACAGUCGGCCAGCAGCUUGCGUUCUCGUUCCAAGACAAGAAAGUGUUGUCUUUGAUUGUUAAGAAUUUAGAGGGUGUUGAUGUGCAAGCAUUAGCAGCGGGCGCCAAUGCCGUACCUCGUCGCGUUAGAUUCGGCCGACUCUUGCCCGAUGCCUGCAUUCAGUUUGAUAAAGCUGAAAGCUCAUCUCUCAACCUCGUGGGCAAAGCAAAAGGCAAACAACCACGCCAGUCCAUCAUCAACCCAGACUGGGACUUCGGUAAAAUGGGUAUUGGUGGUCUGGACAAUGAAUUUAACGCGAUAUUCCGGCGAGCUUUCGCCUCCAGAGUCUUCCCUCCCGAAGUUGUGGAACAAUUGGGUUGCAAACACGUAAAGGGUAUUCUGCUAUUCGGCCCGCCCGGUACUGGUAAAACUUUGAUGGCGCGACAGAUCGGGAAUAUGUUGAAUGCGAGGGAACCAAAGAUUGUGAACGGUCCCCAAAUAUUGGACAAAUAUGUUGGCGAGAGCGAAGCCAACAUCCGUCGGCUGUUCGCGGAUGCGGAGGAGGAAGAAAAAAGGUGCGGCCCAAACAGUGGCCUACACAUAAUCAUCUUCGACGAAAUCGACGCCAUUUGCAAGGCCAGAGGCUCCGUGGGCGGCAACACAGGCGUCCACGACACUGUCGUCAACCAGUUGUUGUCAAAGAUUGACGGAGUUGACCAGCUGAACAACAUUCUGGUCAUCGGCAUGACCAACCGACGGGACAUGAUAGAUGAAGCAUUGCUGCGACCUGGCCGAUUGGAGGUGCAGAUGGAAAUCGGCUUGCCCGAUGAGAAGGGACGAGUUCAGAUAUUGAACAUUCAUACUAAACGUAUGAGGGAAUAUAAAAAGAUCGCUGAAGACGUGGAUGCCAAUGAAAUAGCAACGUUGACAAAGAACUUUUCGGGCGCAGAGCUCGAAGGUUUGGUCCGCGCGGCUCAGUCUACGGCUAUGAACAGGUUGAUCAAGGCUUCCAGCAAAGUGGAAGUGGAUCCUGAGGCCAUGGAGAAGCUUAUGGUGGAGCGAGGGGACUUUCUCCAUGCUCUGGAGAACGAUAUCAAACCGGCAUUUGGAACAGCGGCUGAGGCUUUGGAACAUUUCCUCUCGCGCGGUGUCAUCAACUGGGGCAAUCCUGUCUCUGCGCUGCUGGAAGACGGACAGCUGUAUAUCCAGCAGGCCAGGGCUACUGAAGCCAGCGGACUGGUGUCAGUGCUCCUCGAAGGUCCACCCAACAGUGGAAAGACAGCUCUGGCGGCUCAACUUGCUAAACUCUCUGACUUCCCGUUCGUCAAAGUGUGCUCUCCUGAAGAUAUGAUUGGCUUCACAGAAUCUGCCAAAUGCUUGCAGAUCAGAAAGUAUUUCGAUGACGCGUACCGUUCAACCCUGUCCUGCAUCCUGGUGGACAACAUCGAGCGCCUGCUGGACUAUGGGCCGAUUGGACCGCGCUACUCCAACCUGACACUCCAAGCGUUGCUCGUCUUGCUGAAGAAGCAGCCGCCCAAGGGGAGAAAGUUGCUCAUUUUGUGCACCAGUAGCCGACGGCAAGUUCUAGAAGACAUGGAAGUGCUAUCUGCGUUCACAGGCGUCCUACAUGUGCCGAACCUAUCUCAGCCAGAACACGUGAUGGCCGUUCUAGAAGAGAGCGACGCGUUCUCCAAGCGGGACUUGGCCAAGAUACAGAACGACCUCCGGGGAGCCAAGAUUUUCAUCGGUAUCAAAAAGCUCUUGGCUCUGAUCGACAUGGUGAAACAGACGGACGAGGAGUCGAGAGUUUUCAAAUUCCUCACGAAGAUGCAAGAGGAGGGCGGCCUAGACCUCGGCACCACUAUACAAUAAGAGUUAUCGCAACCUUAGGGAUUACAUACGCAUACCACACGCACGCCCUCACCCGACCAUACUGAUGCACAUUAUACAUUAAAACCCCAAACUAAUCGAGCCACCGAGAGCUCGCCCUGCGCUUCCGACUUGAGAAGCUACGAGAUAGAUUACGAUGACGUGAGCGAAUGUACGGAUUCGUACGCGGAGUCUGGUCAUCACAAAAUUGGCAGAACCGCCAAGGGCAAUGAAAUCUCACCAGCAAAGAUUCCCCUGAUGAGAAUUAGGAGUGUCGAAAUAGUGUUUGAAGAUGAAUUCUCCACGUGCACCGACACUGGGCUUCUGGAUCGCAGCAUCGAGCUCAUUCUAUCCGACAGUGACGAUUCCACCAAAUGUGAUGAUUCGGAACACUUGCAGCAUGAGCGCGACGAAAACGACGUAACUCUGAACGCUGAAGCGGACUUGUCGGACGACAAUUACUCGCCAAAACACACUAAUGUACCGAUAUACAAGAAAAACAAUCCAAGCUCGGAUGAUCGCGAACAGAACGAAUCUCAAAUGUUGGCAGAUGACAACACAUUGUCCCUUAACAUUUCGGAAUUGGGAGACUCCGGUCGGUUCACCGAAGAGGCUUCCUCGUCUCAUAUCGAAGUCCCCAUUACGUACGAUGACGCUGUGCUUUCUUAUUCCUUCGAUACAGUCAACGUUGAAAGCUCUACGGUACAGAGUAUGUGCGAGGUGUCAGAGAUCGUGACAAGCAAUCGCUUAUACGAGUACAUCAAUAGUAAUAGCGAGAGCUCUGACAAUACCGCCGUCUGUGAUGACGAAUAUGUCAGUGGGAAGUCUACAACUGUUACCAAUCCCGCAGAUGUUGAGGAGGAUACCGUUUGUUCGUCUCACAUCGAAGUUCCCAUUACGUACGAUGAUGCUGUGCUUUCUUAUUCCUUCGAUGCAGUCAACGUUGAAAGCUCUACGGUACAGAGUAUGUGCGAGGUGUCAGAGAUCGUGACAAGCAAUCGCUUAUACGAGUACAUCGAUAGUAAUAGCGAGAGCUCUGACAAUACAGCCGUCUGUGAUGACGAAUAUGUCAGUGGGAAAUCUACAACUGCUACCAAUCCCGCAGAUGUUGAGGAGGACACCGUUUGUGACAGCUACGAAAUGCAGUAUGACUCGUUUGUUGACAUUGGAAAAUUUUAAAUUAUACCCUAAGCGCUUGAAUGAAAGCUUAUUAUUUUAUAAUCAAUAUGGUCUAAGAUCCGGCAUUGGAAAUAUAUACGCUCGUCUGCUAUAUGCUCUUCUGUUAUGAAAUAAAUGAUAGAAAAUGUUCAGUGACACAUAGCAAAUCGGUUGCCAAGUUGAAUUGCGGGCAAACACUUUUUUCUUACAAAAUCUAAUUAAACUAAAUCAACUAAAUUAACUAAAUCAAAGGAAUCCUAAUACAGUUAAAAUAAGCUUUCAUUUGACAUAUUAGACGACUAAAUAACUUAUGAGGGUAUAUAAAUAACACUAUUUAACUGUUUGUAUUUGACAACCCCACUGUAGCAGUGUGAAAACAGGCAACUUUUACUUUUUCAAUUCUGUUAUAUUAAGUUAAUAUUCCUUUAACUAUACUACAGCCUUUUUUGAUGAAUACUGUUUACCAACAAAUAAAUUAGAAAUGAAGGUAGAAAACACAUGUCAUUUCAUAACUUAUUUAUUUUAAAUUAGAUACGUUUUGUUUAUAAAAUGGUAUAUAAAAUAUAUUAACCAUAUCUAAUUGUUGUAAGCUUAAUAAUCAAAUUUAUUUUUAUUAAUUUUAAAACAAGUUAAUUAUAAUUAUUAUUAGGUGUGAAAUGACUAGUGAUUAAUACCCUCAUUUUCAAUUUGUUUGUUGGUAAACAGUGCUUAUCAAGAAACGCUGUACUAUAGUGUAGGAUUUUUAAUAAUCAAGCAAAGAGGGAAGAAGAUUAAAUAAAAUGAAAAAAUAUAUGCAUUUAAUACUGUUCGGCCGCAAUUUAACCAGGCAACCUACUCUUAUGUGCAAUGUGUCAAUGUGAAUAUUUUCUAUCAUUUAUUUCUUAUCCCAAUUAAAUAACAGAUGAGGGUAUUUGUUAUGCCGGAUCUUGUACUAAUACAGUAUAUUGUACUUCCGCUUAACUAUUUAUUUUGUUAUUUGGUUGCGGUUUGUGCUGAAUUGUUGUCUAAAGUUAUCGGGUAGGUGUGAGCAUAUACAUUCCACUCGAUUUAGUAAGCACACUGUGGCGGACUUUUAUAUAUUCUGAGCUAUUUAUACGCCCUAUAAACCUUUAUAAGCUGAAGUGGCAAUGGGCGAGGCACAUAGUUUGAAGAGCCGAUGGACGUUGGGGUCCCAAAGUGGCGACCCCGCACUAGAAAGCUCAGUGUUGGUUGACCCCCCACCAAGUGGACUGACGACAUCAAGCGAGUCGCAGGGAUUCGCUGGAUGCAGGUGACUCAGUAUCGUGAUGUUUGGAAGUCCCUCCUACAAAAGGCCUAUGUCCUGCAGUGGACGUCCAUCGGCUGAUAUGAUGAUGAUGCUGAUAAACCUUCUACACAGCUUAAAGCAGUGCUUGAAGGGCAGAGUGGUAUGCGACUCUAAUAACCAUGUCAUUGUCCUUCGUAACUUGUUCUUUUGUAGAAAACCCUUGUAGCGUCUUUGUAAAUAUAUUUUUCAUUGCAGUGCAAUGAUUUCUCUCCUUACAGAUAGAGUUUAAUUUCUAUACACACUGACAUGGUUACAGAUAUCCCGGGGUUGUAUGUCUAGGCAAUAGCUCAAUUUUUUGUAUUAUAAUAUUAUGUAGUACAUAAUAGUUUUCAAAGCGAUAUAUUUUAUUUAUUUCUGUUACGUAAAUGUGAUACAGCUUGACGCUGUUUAAUUUAGCUAAAUAAGCAAAUUUAACUUUAAUGAGAAACUAUUAGAGGUAGCUUGUUAAGAGACAAUGUCAAUAUUGAAUAUUUAAUAUUGUAGUAUUAUUGUGGAUCUUGCGAAAGUUCUUAGAAAGGUUGAGACAUUAACAGGUCAGAAAACCUACAAUUAUAGUGAAAGUACAAUUAUUAAUAAUAAAUAAAUAUUAAAAUAUUAAGCUUUUGAUGUUGUACUUAAUUGUUCAAGGACUUGUCACUUUUAAGAAUAUUCAGCACAGAAAGAAUAGGAUAUGCCGAAAAAAAAAACAAAAUAUACGAAUUAAUUCAAAUUAUGUUGAAUAUAUUUUAAGCUUAUCAAUGUAUGAUGUUCUGAUCAAAAGAAGUGCGUAGAAAAUCGUGUUAUUGAAAUCUAUAAUUAUUAGAUUAGUUAUGGAUUAUUAAUUAUAAUUAUAUAUUAAUCAAGCUAGUGCGAUAGCAAUGUGCGCUUAGAACAUUCCAUACUCGCAUUCAUCGAGCUAUUCAGUCAUUCAAUGUGUAAUGUUUUUGAUUAUUAUACUGUCUAUAAAAUAUUUUAACAGAAAUCUGAUUAUAUUAAAAAUAGUUUUAUGCUUAUAGAAACACAGUAGUAUUUGCGUGUUACAACUACGAAACUGUUUUAUCUGUGAGUAAAUUAGAAAAGGUGGCCAAUUUGUUAAAGCACUAUGAUCUAUGAAUAAUGAAAAUCAAAUUAAUAAGUGCAAUCAUAGACAUAUUAAAGUCUGAAGACAUAUACUCAGAGGGACCAGCCUCGCUAGUUACACCUCUGUCAAAGUAUAUGAUCAAUGAUCUAACGCGUUUAAAACAGAGUUUCUUUAGAAUCGAUUUUUUAUUGUUGUAAUUUAUUUCGUCAUGAUCAAAAUUUUUAGGAAUAUAGUUCCAGUUUGUGUAUAAAAAUGAUUUACAACUUACAGAAAUACGAAGUUAUAUUGAAUUUGUAACUUAAAUUAACAAAUGAAUAGUACAGCAAAACAUCAAUAAAGUAAUCAAAUAUUCUGUGUAAUGAGUCAAAGUAAUGUGUAAAAAUUACACAUGUGUGUUGCGAAUCAAAUUUAUAGCUGUGUGCAGUGUAAGGGCACAAUAAAUUUAUUGGUGUUAAAUAUUUUCUGUGGGAGUUUACCCUCAAAAAAAUAACAAUGUUGGUUGGGUGCGGUACAAGUCCGUAGAAUAGGUCUGAAGAUGUAUAUAUAAUAAGUCUAUGAGUGCAGUACAUAAAUUAUUAUUUACUUAUUUGUAAAUUGCGCCUGUGCAUGCAAUUAUUCAAAAUUAUAUAUUUUAAGGUUUAAUACUUGUUAAACUUACAUUAUUAUGCAGAAAGUUGGUCACCUUAGUUUAAUUGUAAUUUAUAGAAACCACAUCAGCAAAGUGUCUAAUUAUUAUUAACAGUUGGUGGGUGUUGAAGUAUUAACAAAUAAUUGGAAGUGACAUAUUAUAUAUUUAUGCAUAAGAUUUUUAUAUUUCUGUUAUAUACUAAUUUAUCAAAAUCAAGAUCUUUGCUGAUAUGAUUUUACUGUUGGUUAUUAAUGAAAUUAAUGAAAAUACAGCAAUUGACAAACAUAA